AGAGAGAGAGAGAGAGAGAGAGAAUAUGUGUGUACGUGAGUGCGUGUGCGUGUGAAUGGUGAGCGAGACAGCAGCGCAUCACAGGGCGUCUACACUUCAGCGAGAGGCGUCACACUAACAAUUUCCCUCUUUUCCAGAGUCACACAUACAACUCCAGAUCAGCGUAAUGUCUUCCCCAAGUAGCCUGACCCCAGAUAGCCCAAACAAGGGCUUUCUGCUACAGGUGCCAUCCCCCAUUGUCACAAGACGAAGCCGCACAAAGUCCACGACGGAGAUUGCCAAUUCAAACCCAGAGGUUAAAGGAAAGGUGAAAUACUUCUGUCGAACCAAAGGCCAUGGCUUUAUCACACCAGAUGAUGGAGGAGUUGACAUCUUUUUGCAUAUUUCCGACAUUGAAGGAGAAUACAUUCCACUUGAAGGAGAUGAAGUUACUUACCGUCUGUGUCCCAUCCCACCGAAGCGUGAAAAGUAUCAAGCAACUCAUGUGCGCAUUGUCAACUUCACCCCGGAAGUCCACCAUCGUUGGGAUUGCUUGCCCUCUGAAGGACAUUAAAGGAACUUAUAUAUUUUAUUCCUCUCCCAGAUAAUUCCUGAAUAAUGAACCUGGUUGUGGUCAAUUAGGCGUAUGUUAGAAGAAAAUAUUAUUGAAUAGCCAGUUAGAAUAAUGGUGAUAUUGAGAAUGAUGAUAAUGAUAAUAAAAGCAAGGCUGUAAAUUAAUGUUAGCAUUAUUGUUGGUCAACUGAUGCCAACUGGUUGUAUUUAGUGAAACUUCAUGUGCCUGUUUUCUGCAUUUUUUUUACUCAGCUAGUUACAGAUAAAAAAGAUAAAAGAAAAUGUUAAUAUAACAAAUGAUUAAAGUAGGUAAUUUGAUUCAUGUAUAUAAUCAAAACCUUUGCCUUUAAGACAUGCUCUCAAAAUGGUUUACUGUUUUUCUUUAGGAAGAUAUCUUUGAAUAGUAAUGCUGAAUUAUAGGAAGUUCAAAUUCUACCUAAUAUAUAAUUAGAAUGUUUACUGAAUAUAUGGAGAUUAUGAACUUUUUCAGUGAAUGCUCAUGUACAGAAUUUUGUGAGCUUCAUUUUGCACAAUGUCAUACCAGAUAUAGAGGAAUGAAGUUUGCCGAGAUUAAUACAAAAAUAUAUUCCUGUGCCAAUAUUGACUUAGACAAUAUGUAUGUAAGGCAUUUUUAAAAAAGAUACUGUUAAAACACUCAAAACCUGAAAUUGCAUAUAUUCCCUUAGGUUUUUCUUAGAUUUUUCUUAGAACAAGGGGUAAGUGUGAAAAAUUUGCUUUGGUUUUGAUGGAAAGUUUAGCAUAUAAAUGUGUGUGUUGUCAGCGAUGUAUCAUAGUCUACCUGACUAGAAUAUGAACUUUUGCAAUGUGUUGUGGAAAAAAGGCAUUUGGCCCCUUUUUUCUUUGUUUAUUAAAACCUAAAUGUGAAGAAGAGGAGAAGGUAAAGUCUCUUCUGUUGAAAUGCAAAUAAUAUCAUGAAAGAUGCUUGCAGUGUAGAUUUGUUCGGAUUUGGCAGAGCUGCAUAGAGCUGACUUUCUUUUGAAUAUUAUUUCAUAAGUUUUUGGAAAUUAUGCUCAAUCAUUGCAUUUUAUUCAUUAUGGUUAAAAGGUUAUGGCGAAGGUACCCAGAAGCUGCAAUGAAUAGGUAGAUUGCAUAUUUGCAUUUGGUUUAAAGCUAGUUUUUGAUGGCUACCAAAAUGGCUGUUGUUUAUCAGUGACUGCUCCUCAGGGUGAACUCAAAGGUGUUUCAUGAUUAUAGGUACAUUCUGUAGGUUGUUUAUAUCAUAGUUUAGUUAUCAUUUGCAAUGUCAGAUACAUUAAUGCUAUAGAUUGGAGAGAUCAUUUGUACUUGGAGGUAUUAUAGGCAAAUAUCUCUUGUCCUUUGGAUUUUAGAAAGCAGUCUUUAGAUCCAAUGCAGACACACAAAAUCACUGGCACAAUAACUUGAUGACAGUAUAUUUAUUGCUGCAGUGAAUGAUGACAGAUUUUAUAAAGAUAAUGAUUUAGCGGGAGUUAACCAGGUUAAGGAGACUGUCCUAUUUCCCUGAACCAGUUCAGUAAUACUAGAUCAAAAUGCUAUUAUAAUACAUUAUUUGCAAUGGGUUUGUUAUCUAUUUAGCUUUGAUCCUUACUAUAGGAUAUCCUAGUAUGGUUAAAAUAUUGUACAAGAAGCUGUCAGUUGCAUGAAGUUGAAGUGCUUAUCUCUACCCAGUAGGCAUUUUGGCUUGAAAUAUGGUGCAUGUGUAAGUUGUAUGAGCAUAAUGCAUGUCCUGUUGGUGAAGAAGUGGGUUUGAAGCAGAAACACAAAUGUGAAGAUAACCAGAUUUCUCUUCUCCAUUAGGGACCCAGUAAAAAAUAUACAGUACAAGUAACAUUUUAAAAUUUGAUGUGCUUCAAAAAGCUGUCUUUUGACAAUAAAAGCAGCAUUCCUUUCUUGAGUGAGAAUAUUAUUAGUGGAUUUGCUAUGUAUGUAAUACCUGUGGAUAUAUCUGUGUAAUUCAGAAAAAGUUUGCAUGCAUAUAAGUGGAAUGUUGGCAGUGUCUGUCAUUUUCAUUAUCUUAAACAUUAUAUGAAUGAAAAUGAAUAUCUUUGUGUUUUGAUUAAAUCUUCAUCAGAAAUCCAUGUAUUUAUUAAUGAAGAUACAUCUCUUGCACUAUGAAUAUAUUCAUUAUCAUUUAUACCAUUCUACCUUUGUCACAGUAAACUGUUCAUUAAGUAUUAAGUUUGCCUGACUAAUCCAUAGAUAUGCAUAAUGUGGUCAGUAUCUGUUGCUUCUGACUGCAGUUUUAAAGUUGCUAAUUAUGGUUACUAGAAUGUUUUGUUCCUCAAGAGAUGCAGAUUCUUGCACAUUCUGUCUCUGUUUUGUUAAUAAGUUGCCAAAGCUUAAAGUUAGAAUAGAUUUAUUUUUUGUGUACAUUUUGUUUCUUUUUGUAAAUUAAAGUUGUUUAUGCACAAAAUUUAUUAGAGUUUACUGCUGUGUUACUGAAUAUUGUGUAAUAUUUAAUUUGUUUUAAUUCUGUUCUAUUUGAUUUUAAUUAUGAUCGGGCGAAUUGGUGUUAUGUGGUUAUAUGAAAAUGUUAAAGCUGUAAUAUGUGUUCUAGUUUUAGUUUAAAAUGUAAUGUGGAUUUAGCACAAACUGUAACUCCUAUAAUGUUUUCAAGGAGUUCCUAUAACAAUAAAAACUUUUUUUUGCAACAA